AUGAACGAUAAUACAGCAGCAGACGGUCCUCCCUUGUUCCGCCCCAUCCCUCGCCGGCCCUUCGUCUUCGAUCUCAAGUGCUCAACGCCUCAGCCUCAGAGCCUCACGCCUCCCAAGGACGACGAAAGCGACAGCGAAGAGCAGCGCCUCGAAGACGAGAUCCUCCUCGCCCGCUUCCGCCGCGACCUGCUCAAGUCUGGCUUCCUCGACCUCAAUACUUCGACACUGGCAGGCGACGAUGACGAGGAGGAACUGCACAACCCCUGGGGGACAGGCGCCGGAUCACCGGUGAAGCGGCGCGAUAGCCUCAGCCGUGCUACAUACGAACUCAUGCGCGAUCGAUCAAGACGCCAGUCACACGCCAGCACCGAGACGAACCGUCCAAAACAGCCCACAACUCCCGGAUCCAGGGCGCUAUGGUUGGCUUCGCGAGCCCUAGUGCUCUUUGUGCUAGGAGCUGGCUACGGAGUGCUCGUCACUCACCUACACCAGGAGCAGGGUCUGCUUCAGCUAUCCGACGCCGGCAGUGGGAUCCCACGAUACAACGGAUCAUACACUGCCAUGUGGGGGUUUGCGCUCGCCGGCGUUGGCAUGGGCGCGCUGCAGCCGUGGGUUGACGGCGAGUGGGACGGCAUGUUUGGCUGCGACAGCGGCGAUACAGAAGUCGAUUCGGUCGAGUCUACGUAUGAUGACGACGAGAGACAGCCCCUACCAGAGACGGACUGGGCGCUGGUGAUGAGAGCAAUCGGCGUCUUCGUAGGCGUCGCCUUUGCAGUUCGUCGUCUCUCAUGGACAUCAAGCUCACAGGUCUCAUUGGCCGUGGCACUGGCCAACUUGUUCCUCUGGUGGCUGAUUGAUAGAACCAUGCCCGCCCUCGUCGUGUCCACCGUCGUUGGCCUCGCCGGAACCGUCUUCCUCCUGAGCGCCAACAGCAGCUUCUACGCAGAGCCCCAGGCCGAGCCGGCGAUGAUGCUGGGCGGAAUCGCCAGUCAGGAAACCAUCGAGGCGGGCAUCUGGAUCCUCAGCGUGCUGUUCUGCACUUGCCUCUGCUUUGGUAACAUUGGCCGAAGGCUGGCGAGGGGCAGGUCAAAGGGUCGCUGGGCUGGGCAGCAUCUUUACGGCCGAUAA